UGUGUAUGGGUGAGCCGAGUUGGGACUGGCGGUGAGCGGACAGCUGAAUAGGCCGAGCGGCGAGGAGCGCCGAGCAGGAUCCGAUCAUCUGAGCCAGCCAGCCAGCCAGCAGUCAACAACAGCAGGUCAUGGCGCUGCAGAGGAACAUAAUUCAAGGCUGUGGCCUUGGGGUAAGGGUGGCAGCAGCAACCUCAGUGCAGCAACGCCACAACUCAUCAGAUGUGCGUUUCCUCACAAAAACUCGCAUGGAUGCCCUCAAGAAGGGAAGUGGUGGCCGUUCAUCCUUUUCUGGGCAUGUGGCCACUGUGUUUGGUGCAUCCGGCUUCAUUGGACGUUAUGUGUGCAACCGUCUUGGGAAGGUUGGGACGCAGAUCAUCAUCCCAUACAGAGGUGACCAUUAUGAUGUCCUCCGCCUGAAGUUAGUAGGAGACCUUGGCCAAGUGCUCUUCCUUCCCUACCAUCUCUGUGACGAAGAGGCCAUCCGCAAGGCUGUCAAAUAUUCAGACAUUGUCAUCAAUCUGGUUGGCCGUGACUGGGAGACCAGGAACUUCACCUUUGAGCAAGUGCAUGUGGAGGGAGCCCAUCGCUUGGCACGCAUUAGCAAGGAAAUGGGAGUGGAGAGGUUCCUCCAUGUGUCGGCCCUCAAUGCAGACAGGGAGCAUGAGGGUUACAUACUGAAGGGUGGCUCAAAGUUCUUAAAGAGCAAGGCCUUGGGAGAACAGGCAGUGAGGGAUGCCUUCCCAGAGGCCACAGUGUUUCGACCAAGCGAUGUUUAUGGUCAGGAGGACAGAUUUUUAAGGUACUAUGUUGGCUUGUGGCGCCACCAGGGAAAACUCCUCCCCUUGCCCCAUGGUGGCAAAGACAUCUGGAAACAGCCUGUGUUUGUAAGUGACCUAGCACAGGCAAUUGUUGCUGCCUCCAAGGACCCUGAUACUGCUGGCAAGACUUAUGAGGCUGUUGGACCCCGGCGGUACGAGCUUGGUGAGUUGGUGGACUGGUUCCAUCGGGUCAUGCGUAAAGACAAGGAGAGCUAUGGCUACAUGAAGUAUGACAUGAAAUGGGAUCCCUUCUUCAAGGUCAAGGCACACCUUACUGAAUACCUUCCCUCUUGGCCUAUUAACUCACUCACCAGAGACAAAAUUGAGCGGGAGGCAGUGACUGACAUCACAACUGGCCUUCCCACACUGGAGGAUCUUGGUGUGACACUCACUAAGAUGGAGGACCGCAUGGAUUGGGAACUGAAACCAUUCAGAGCUGGUAGCUACUAUGAUGAAGAGGUGGGAGAGUUUGAGCCGCCAGCACCACCCAAGUACAUUGAGGCUCGUUGAUUACCAGUUAGUGAAAUAUAGCAGAUUAUAUGACUGCAGGAAAAUGCAGAUUUCCAGAAGGUUUGAUUUUAUAAUGUACAACCAGUUAAUAUAAAAAGUCAAGAGUUUUUGGAUAUUGUAUAUAAUAGUAGUGUACAUUGGGAGGAGAUUGUUCAGAGAGAUAGGAACAUGUAAAAUAAAAAAAACAUUUCAAGUGAA